AUGGAAAAUUGGCUGGUGAAACUUUCUUAUCUCUUUUUGUGGAUUUUAUUUCAGGUUUACAGGACUCACACUUGGCUACAAAAACAUCCUGGCUUCCGUGUUCUGGCUCAAGCAUCGCAGUAUUGGCCUCUGGAGACUGUAGAAGGAAUCCACGAAUUAAAGGACACCGAUGGAGUGCUCAGAUCCCACAGCUUCACUGUGCUUCAUUACCAUAAUUCUACUUUUGUUUAUACCAAUGAUUCUGCCUACUCUAACUUCUCCGCGACCGUAGAUAUCAUAGAAGGCAUUGUAAACAAAGGUAUCUAUAUCCCAAGCGUCAAGGGAGCCACCUUCCUCCUUUUCGGAAAUUAUCAAAACUCCUGCAUUAUUAACCAAGAAUUCUGUGAGCCCGAAGGUGUGACUUUUUCCUUCUUCUGGAAGACUCAAGGGCAUCAGCUGAAGCCAGUCCCGGUAUACGGGGAUCAGGUGCUUUCUAACAGAUUUAAAGUCUUCUUCGGUGAACACAAAGGCUCCGUGGAACUCUUCAAUCAUCACACGUCCAAGAAAUGGGCAGCCAGUUUCAUUUUGCCAGGUCCCCAUUGGACGCAUAUCCUGUUUACCUGGAAAUCUAAAGAGGGCCUGAAAGUCUACAUCAACGGGACUUUGAACAACGUUGAUCCCCGUGGGGAAGAUUUCUACAACUAUGGGGACUCUAAUUCAAACUUGCUGAUGGGCUCCGAAGGCCGUCAAGGGAAACGGUACAUCCAUGGCGCCUUUGACGAAUUCAUCAUAUGGGAAAGAGUGCUCACCGCCAACGAGAUCAAGCAGUAUUUCACAGCUGCUAUUGGUGACCAAGCAGUGCUUGCUUCAACAUCUCCGUGGGGAUGGCAAACAACAGCAACCCUUCCCGUGCUUUCCAUAAAUGCCUACCAAUCCAUCAUAAUUAAUCUCACAGAGGGAAAACAUAGUGUCCAGGACCCAUAUGUCACGUUGGACUAUCUGAAAAACAUUUCAAACGCCAUGCCUAAUGAAUCUCUCACAGCAAAUACUGCCUACAAUCUUACUGAGGUUUUCUUUAAAGUGGUGGAAAGAGUUCUUAAGAUAGCUGCUUGGAUCAGCAUCAACCAGACCGCAUCCCUCGCCGGAGGGCUGGUGUCCACCAUCGACAGUGUGACAUUUCACGUCGCACACAAUCUAGGAGGCAGCCCUUCGACCAUAACAGUCCAAGGCACUUCACCUGUCGCAGAUUAUUCCCUGGUUAAAAUGCCUCCUCAGCUCCCGAAUGUGCCUCAAUAUCGCUUCCCAUUACAAGGACAGAGUUAUAUUUCUAUACCGAGAGAAGCUUUCCAAUAUUCAGCCUGGAUUACAAUUGUGGGUCUCUUCUAUCAUUCUAUGCAUCAGUACUUCCAUAGCAUCAAACCACUGGACACCAAAAUCCCUGAAGCUGCUACCUGCAAGGAGUGUAUGAUUUUUGCUAGUAGCUACCUUAUCUCCUUGACAAUGGAGCCACCACCAACUCUGUCUCACAAUCUCUCCAGCUCUCCCCUCAUCACCAUCCAUAUGAAGCAUCAACUGACGCCCCUCCAGUACAGUCAAGCCACAAACCGAAGUAAUCAAGUGAGACUCUAUUGUGCCUUUCUGGAUUACAGAAACGGAAGCGGUGUUUGGUCCAACAAAGGCUGUGUGCGUGAUGGGGGUGAUCUCAAUUAUUCCACCUGCUUGUGCAACCAUCUCACCAACUUCGCCAUUUUGAUGCAAGUGGUGCCACUAACGCUAACAAAUGGACACAAGGUGGCAUUGUCUUCUAUCAGCUACGUAGGAUGCUCUAUUUCCAUUUUCUGCUUGACUAUCACGCUGGUCACGUUUGCAAUUCUGUCCUCUGUCAGUACCAUCCGCAACCAGCGUUACCACAUCCAUGCCAAUCUUUCAUUUGCUGUUUUGGUGGCUCAGAUCUUGCUCCUUAUCAGCUUCCAGUUUGACCCUGGGACGGUGCCCUGCAAAAUCCUGGCCAUCCUCCUUCACUUCUUCUUCUUGAGCACCUUUGCUUGGAUGCUGGUGGAAGGGUUCCACCUCUACAGCAUGGUGAUCAAAGUCUUUGGAUCCGAAGAGAACAAGCUCUUAUACUACUAUGGCAUUGGAUGGG